CGUGGAGAAGGGUUCAUUGUUUCCAAACGUAAAUGGCUGGAGUAUGCGUACUUGACAUCUAUUUAGAGAUCUUUGGGCUUGGCCAGGUCAAGUGCGUCGCGGGGUUGCGUCCCCGGAAUAAAUGCUGGGCGCCGAGGGGCAUAAUCCCAGAUUGACAACGUUCUACCAGACCCAGCGACCCAUUACUGUGUACAGAAAGAUGGCAGAAACAAGGCCCUUCCGCGUUCGCGCUGCAACUCUUAAAGACAUACCCACAAUGUCUCUCAUUCUCUACCACACCUCGAAGUCUAACAGCAUCCAAGUAGCGCUUUGGCCUGAACAGCUGAGGGUUUUGCCAGGUCCUGGUGAUCAUCUUGCCUGGAGAACAGCGCGUUUCGAGGGCUACCUCAAAGACAAAAGCUUGCAGCCCUCGAUGCACUGCAUUGUUGCAGUGAAAGACUCGGCUGCAGGAGAGGUGAUAGUCGGCUGUGCCGAGUGGAUAGCACCUACAGUGUCUAUGAAUGGCAAGCCGGAAAGGGAGAAAUUGUGGGAAGAAGUAAGCAGAGAGCUUCCAGACGCAAUGUGCAAGCCGGCCAUGAAAGAGCACGUGGAGGAAACCAAGAAGUUUGAGGCAGUUGCCGAGCAAAUCCUGGGGCCAGCAGGCGUGAAGGACAUGUGGGUGGCCAGGUCGAUCGCUGUCAACCAGGAGUAUCAAGGACGCGGGAUCGGAACUAUACUUACCCAAUGGGGUUUAGAACAGGCCGAGCUGGGUGGAAAGGACGUUUAUCUUGUAGCUUCUGCGGAAGGUGCAAAUCUUUACAGAAGAUUGGGCUUCGUGGAGCUGUGUUCAUCUGAAAUUCUCGGAGAAAAACGAUCCGCCAUGAUCAAGCAGCGUGUGAGUACUCAAGUAAUCGACAGUCCUUGCCAAUCCCUUCAACAUACAAUCUAAAGUGCUGUUGAACUGCCCUCUUCUUGGAAGUGAUAAUUUGUGUUCCAACUAUACAUUUACCAUGAAACGAUGGCUCGCGAACGGCGUAGGCUAGUACUGUGCUGCAGCGUUAUCACCAAAUCAGUGCCGGAUGAACGAGAACAUCCUCCGUAUCGUUAUA